AUGCCGGAACCCAAGCAGAUUACGCGUACCGCACUGCAACCGUUGCUCGCUGACACGCCCGUCACGAACGCUGCUUUGGACGCCUUGCUGGCCCUUCACGAAGACUGGGUCCGUUGCGUCGCUUCCGAAAUCGUACUAGCGGGAAACGACAACGAUGGACAGCGCCACGGGGAUUCACCCCGCACUCGUCCGUACGAUUCCAACGGGGACGAUACGGAACCUUCCCGCCGUCGCGCGAUUGUUCCGCCCCACCAAGUCCAGCAGGCGCUCACGGAACUUGGGUUGUCCGCAUUGGCGACCGAAGCCAUGGCCAGCGUUCCCCAAGCCAAAAAGCGUACCGUCAUUGCGCAGCGUAAGAAAAUGCGCAAGGCACCGCUGUCGAUCGACUUGGCGGUGGAACAGGAACGUCUCCUGGACGAAGCACGGAAACGAGCCUUGCGACACGGACCAGGACCGAUCUAA